GGAUUUGUCCCGCCCACUGCCGCCAGCCCAGUUCCAUUUCCGGCUGGCUGGGCUCUGGGGUCUAGAAAGUGAUCGCUGCCGUGGUCGCCAUGGGGAAGUCGGAUUUUCUUACUCCCAAGGCGAUCGCCAACAGGAUCAAGUCCAAGGGGUUGCAGAAGCUGCGCUGGUAUUGUCAGAUGUGCCAGAAGCAGUGCCGAGACGAGAAUGGCUUUAAGUGUCAUUGUAUGUCCGAAUCUCAUCAGAGACAACUAUUGCUGGCUUCAGAAAAUCCUCAGCAGUUCAUGGAUUAUUUUUCAGAGGAAUUCCGAAAUGACUUCCUAGAACUUCUCAGGAGACGCUUUGGCACUAAAAGGGUCCACAACAACAUUGUCUACAAUGAAUACAUUAGCCACCGAGAACACAUCCACAUGAAUGCCACUCAGUGGGAGACGCUGACCGAUUUUACUAAGUGGCUGGGCAGAGAAGGCUUGUGCAAAGUGGACGAGACGCCAAAAGGCUGGUAUAUUCAGUACAUAGACAGGGACCCAGAAACUAUCCGCCGGCAACUGGAACUGGAGAAAAAGAAAAAGCAGGACCUUGAUGAUGAAGAAAAAACUGCCAAAUUUAUUGAAGAGCAAGUGAGGAGAGGCCUGGAAGGGAAGGAGCAGGAGGUCCCCACUUUUACGGAGUUAAGCAGAGAAAAUGAUGAAGAGAAAGUCACGUUUAAUUUGAGUAAAGGAGCAUGUAGUUCAUCCGGAGCAACAUCUUCCAAGUCAAGUACUCUGGGACCAAGCGCACUGAAGACUAUAGGAAGUUCAGCAUCAGUGAAAAGAAAAGAAUCUUCCCAGAGCUCAGCUCAGUCCAAAGAAAAGAAGAAAAAGAAAUCUGCACUGGAUGAAAUCAUGGAGAUUGAAGAAGAAAAGAAAAGGACUGCCCGGACGGACUACUGGCUACAGCCUGAAAUUGUUGUGAAAAUUAUAACCAAAAAACUGGGAGAGAAAUAUCAUAAGAAAAAGGGUAUUGUAAAGGAAGUAAUCGAUAAAUAUACAGCUGUUGUAAAGAUGAUUGAUUCUGGAGACAAGCUGAAACUUGACCAGACUCAUUUAGAGACAGUAAUUCCAGCACCAGGAAAAAGAAUUCUAGUUUUAAAUGGAGGCUACAGAGGAAAUGAAGGUACCCUGGAGUCCAUCAAUGAGAAGACCUUUUCAGCUACUGUAGUCAUUGAAACUAUGGAGUCUCACUCUGUUGCCUGGGCUGGAGUACAGUGGCCUGAUCUUGGCUCACUGCAACCUCCACUUCCUGGGUUCAAGCAAUUCUCCUGCCUUAGACUCCUGAGUAGCUGGGAUUACAGGUGGGUGCCACCACACCUGGCAAUUAUUUUUGUAUUUUUAGUAGUGGGGGAGUGUUUCGUCAUGUUGGCUAGGCUGGUCUUGAACUCCUGAUCUCAGGUGAUCCACUGCCUUGGCCUCCCGAAAUGCUGGGAUUGCAGGUGUGAGCCACUGCACCUGGCUGGUAUUUAAAUUAAUUAUGUCACAACAAGAUCUGCUAGUUCAUACUCAGAGAGAGAAUACAUAUUUUGAACUAUAGUUGUUCAAAAUAGUUAAUAAUCUAUUUAUAUAUUUAAUUUAUCACUAAUUAUCACUGAAAUAGAUAGAACUUCUAUUGGGAGAGAAAGAAAGAAAUCCCCAGUGGUGACAGGAAAGAAUGGCAAUGACCUGACUGUCUAAUACAAAUAUAAUUUCUUUUUGUUUUACCUGAUUCUGGGUCAGAAACCAGGUUGAGGAUUUUUCCAGGUUCGGAGUCAAUAUUGAAACAAAUGUUCUUUUGGCUUUUUGGCAGAUAAAUGAUGAAGUGUGGGUCAUUUUCAACUGGAAAAUACGCAAAGCAAAUGUAAACAAAAUCACACGCAGGAAGGUGAUUGUGAGCGGUGUAUCAUCCCUGAAUAUCUCUAUGUAACCCGAACAAGCAUUUAUUGUGCUUCUACUGUAUGCUUGGUACUCCUCCAGGCCUUGGGGACAGACCCAGUGGUUCAUACUACAUUGCCCCUUUGUCAGGGAGCCUUCAUCAGAAUACGACGUUAUUUUACAAAAAUAGUGGAUAUUUAUUUUGUAGCUAAAAAUGUAUGUUCUAGAUGAGAUGCUAGAGAUAAAAAAAUGAGUAAGAAAGACAUAAGGAAUAAGAAAUACACACAAAUAGGCACCCACAUAUGUAAGAAACACACACCCGUGCGUGUAGAAAAACAGAGUUGUUGGGUUUUUUUUUUUGAGACAGGAUCUCCCUCUGUCACCCAGGCUGGAGUGCAAUGUUGUAAUCAUGGCUCACUGCAGCCUUGACCUCCCAGGCUCAAGUGGUCCUCCCAGCUCAGCCUGCUGAGUAGCUGGGGCAACAUCCACGUGUCACCACGGCGGCUAAGUUUUCCAAAUCCUGACCUCAGGUGAUCCGCCUGCAUUGGCCUCCCAAAGUGCUGGGGUUACAGGCGUGAGCCACCACACCCGGCCUCAUUCGCAUACUUAAUGCUUUCCAGGAUGAGGGUCGGGAGUUCUGGGAUGUGCAGGCAGUGUGGAAGCUUUACCUCUCAUCACAUGUGGGGGUGGCGUGGACUCCAGCACCUUAGCUCCUUCUGCCUGCAUGGAGGUCAUGGGUGUUGGGGAAGGACUGGCCCAAGACGGGAUGGAACUUGAAGGCACUUUGCUGCCGUAAUACAGGGCCCCUGUGUAGACAAACCCGCAUCACGCAGGGCCCCUGUGUAGACAAACCCGCAUCACGCAGGGCCCCUGUGUAGACAAACCCGCAUCACGCAGGGCCCCUGUGUAGACAAACCCGCAUCACGCAGGGCCCCUGUGUAGACAAACCUGCGUCUUUUAGUUCCCAGGUUUAUGUUUCCAUGGAAAUUGCUCACCAUGCCGAGUAUCUGUUUUACCACCAGAUGUUGUCAGCUUAGGUUUUUCUUUUUUUUUUUUUGAGAUGGAGUUUCACUCUUGUUGCCCAGGCUGGAGUUCAGUGGCACAAUCUCUGCUCACCACAACCUCUGCCUCCCAGUUCCAAGCGAUUCUCCUGCCUCAGCCUCGCAACUAGCUGGGAUUACAGGCAUGCACCACCACGCCUGACUGAUUUUGUAUUUCAAUGGAGAUGGGGUUUCUCCAUGUUGGUCAGGCUGGUCUUGAACCUCUGACCUCAGGUGAUCUGCCCACCUUGGCCACCCAAAGUGCUGGGAUUACAGGCGUGAGCCACUGCACCCGGACUUCUCCCGUUUUUAUUCCAGAGUUCUCUCGGGCUCCCUCUGGCAUGUUGCUAGGGGAGGGCCCUGUGAUACCGUUCUCUGGAGUCUGGCACCUGAGCAAGGGUGGCAGUGGGAGGAACCUCUUUAUAGGGCUGGGGAAGGGCCCCAUGACUACAGUGCAGGCCAGGGAGCCAAGUCCAAGAGAAGGCGCAGGUUCCAUCCCUGUUCACUCACCAAACAAGCCCAGCAGUUUAGUUUCCCACAGGGGUUUUAUUACUGGUGAGAGAGAUUCCACAUGACAACAAAAGGCACUUUUUGCUAUCUGAUAACCAGGCUAUCUCUCUUUGAGAAAGCCAUGCCUAGAAACUAACCUAUCUGUUUAGCCGUGAGGCUCCAGGCUCCCACUGGGGCAUCACAAGUCAGAGUUUCUUGAGCCCUGGACCAGGUGCAGUAAACUUGGUGUCAUGCUCGAACGAAAUUAAAAAUGCAGAAAAUCCUUCCAUUGUAUGUAAGGAGUUCUUAAGAACAUUCUUCACCAAAUACCUCGUGUUCUCACUCACCUUGGGUACUACAGUGAUAAGUAGACACGGGACUACACAGACAGGCAACUGGGUUCGAGCAGUUCUCCUGCCUCAGCCUCCCAAGGAACUGGGACUGCAGGUGCUCGCCACCACACCUAGCUAAUUUUUGCAUUUUUAGUAGAGACGGUGUUUCACCAUGUUGGCCAGGCUGGUCUCCAACUCCUGACCUCCAACCCCUGAUCCCUUAUUCUGAUAAAGAUGGAAACAAUAGACACUGGAGACUUCUAGAGGGGAGAGGUAGGGAAAGGAGGAGGUGGGGGGAGGGUUGAAAAACUAUUGAGUACGAUGCUGGCUACCUGGGUGACGGGGUCAUUUGUACCCCAAACCUCAGUAACAUGCAACAUAUCCAUGUAACUUACACAUUUAGCCCCUGAGUAUCUAAUAUAUAUGUUAUGUGUAUGUGUAUUAUAUGUAUAUAUGUUUCAGUAGGACCAGUCCCUAAGAAAGAGAAGAGAAAGACACUUAGAAAUCUGAGGUCUCCUGGCCCUGGGUGCGUGCACUCUCGGGGGUGCCUGGAGACUUUCUGCAGGACACAGAGAGCAUGGACUAUUUUAAAGGCAAUUUCUAGAGUCUCAGUUUAGACAUAGACUCUUUCCUAAGGAAGCCCUUUUCUCCUGGUUUACAAGCAGAAGGACUGCUCUUCUCUACUCCCCUCCCCCAAAGUCCCCCAGGAACCAAAACAUCCACUGGAAUAUUGGUGUAGGACCAAAAACCUGAUUCUGAUCAUGUAAUCCUUUCACAAGUCACAGGGCUUCCAAUUCUUUGCUUUCAACAAAAUCCAAGACGGGCUCACGUUGUCAGCUGAUAAAUCAUACACAUUUUUUUGAACACUUAGACCCAUGUGCAUGUUUUGGCUUACAAAUUAGAAAGAGUCCAGAUAAGCAACUAACUGAAUAUAACCAGACACUUGCCAUUUCUACUCGUCUAUACCAACCAAUGUCUACUGGGACUUCUGCCCAUACAAGUUCCCUUAAAAGUAGAAUUGAUGCUGAAUCCUGUCUCUUUCAAACCAUUCAUAAAUAAUACCCAUGAUUACGUGAAAAACACCCAGUCACAUUUUUCUCAAUAAGAGAUUAUAGAUUAUUUCCACUCCAGUUUUACUUCUUACAUGGAAUCAAAUUUAUAAUAUAUUCAUAUUAUUUAGCUCACUUGCCUACUAGUAGUAAUAUUAAUCACACCCAGUUCAGAAGAGAAUUUUGAAUUCUCAGAAUCUUAUGGUUAUGAUUUUUAAAUUAAAUUUUUAAUUGAAAUGAUAAUUUGUAAACUUUUUUUCUUAUAGAGAAGUGAAAGUCAAGUGAUUACUAAAAGAAGCAUAAAAAUAUAUUACUAUAGGAUAUAGUUCUGCUGGGCAACUGGAGUGGAAAUGCAAGUUCAACUAGAAAAAAGAAUAAUACAAAACUUUCAGUAACUUUUUUUUUGAGACAAGGUCUUAUUCUGUCACUCAGGCUGGAGUGCAGCGGCGUGACUGGCUCACUGCAACCGUCACCUCCCAGGCUCAAGCAACCCUCCCACCUCAGCCUCUCAAGUAUCUGGGACUGUGGGUACGGGCCACCAUGCCUGACUAAUUUUUAUAGUUUUUCUAAAGAUGGAGUUUUGCCAUGUUGACCAGGCUGGUCUCGAACUCAUUGGCUCAAGCAAUUAACCCAUCCCCACCUCCCAAAGUGCUGGAAUUACAAGCAUGAGCCACCAUGCCUGGCCAAUUUCUAAUCAUUGUAAUCCAGGAUUCACUCAUGUAUUUUUUUACGAAUGAAUAUCCCAUUUUCAUUCAUAUCAAUACGUGAUACAAAAUGUCACGUGUUUCUUUAAAUGAAUGAAUAGCAAAUAUCCAAUUAGGUAUUCUGUUUCAUUAGAUGCAUUGAAAAUAGUGAUAUAACAGUUUCAUUUUAAAAGGUCAACAUUUAUAAUAUAUUUUAGUUAUGUUAGUUACAUGUAGAAAUUAUAUUUGUUGCCCAGGAGUUGGAGGUUGCAGUGAGCUGUGAUGAUACCCAGGCUGGAGUGCAGUGCUCCUCCUGAGCUCAAGAGAUCCUCCUGCCUCAGCUUCCCAAACAGGUGGGAUUAUAGGUGCCCACCAUCACACCCAGUUAAUUAAAAAAAGUCUUUUUCUUUAGAGAUGGAGUCUCACUAUGUUGCCCAGUCUAAGAUAAAACACUUCAAAUAUUGAUGUCAAAAAUGUUGGAAGGGUUAUGUAGGUUUGCAUAAAUUUUCUUGGGAAACAUGAGCAAAAUGGUCAAAGAGCACAGCAAUCAUCCAUCCUCCUCCAAGCUGGCAGGAAGAGCUUGGGCACAGGAGGCCCUAGAGCUGAGAGGGCGAGGUGGGUUGGGGUGGGAGAGAGCGGAGGCACUAGGACAUCCCCCCUGGGGCAAGAGAGCUGCCUGGCCACUUGUCCCCACAGGUGCAGCCCUGACCU